UGUUGCCAAGUAAUCAAAAAUCUUGCACUUUUGAUCUCAGCUUUUUAUGUUUGGUUUUUCCUUCACUUUCUCAGCUUGAACAAGAAAGAAAAAUAUGAGUAACAAAAAUUGCUCAAUCAAACCAAGAAAAUCAAAAACACCCGCAAGAAAAUCAAGAUCCAAGACAAGAAAACCUAAAUAUUUAUCUCUAAAACUUCAACUCUCUCCCAAAUCUAAUCAUCCCCAACACAAAAAAACCAAACAAAAGAUCAAAAUCAUGCCACCUCAACCCCAACAAAAACAACUGAUCAAUCUUUUUCCUCUCCACCCAGAAAAUAAUAAUAAUAAUAACAAUCUUGUUCCUCAAGAUCAAGAACAACAUGUUCAUCAUCAUCAUCACGAUCAUGAUCAAGCCGAUCACGUAGCGUUUCUCUUUCAAACAGCUACGGAUGACUCCUCCACGUCUCUGCAUGCAAUUCUUGACUCCGCAACGACCACAUCGGACGAGGGUAGUAUUCCGGUAGUACCGUGGGCUGACCUACACAGAUCAAGAAACGAGAAUGAUGAUCAAGAAGAAGGGCUAUCGCUCGUAAAGACCGCGAUGAAGCGGUGCAAAGAACGGGACGUGAGUGAGGAGAGAUGGGUGAGUUACUGCGAAGUGGUGGAGAAGAAGGAGCAAGAGGAAGUGAGCAGUACUACUGUGAAUUGCUGCCAUGGAGUUGCCGACACAUUGAAGAAGAUGGUGAUGCAGCAGAUUGGUGAUGGUGAUGAGAAGAUGAUAGGGUUGGUAGGGUUAAAGCUUGAUUAUGAAGAGAUUAUGAAUGCUUGGUCUGAUAAGGGCCCACUUUAUAUCAAUGGAGGAGAUGGAGAUCAGUCCCCACAGAUUGUACCUGACUUGCUUCAUGCUUCCACUGGCUUAACGGAUGGAUGGGGAAAUGUAUGGAAAGUGCCAGAAAUGGGGAUUCAAAAGGAGAAAGAAGAAUGGAAAUUAGGGCAAAGAGAGGCAAGUGUUUUGAGAUACAAAGAAAAGAGGCAAAAUAGGCUUUUCUCCAAGAAAAUUCGAUAUCAAGUUCGAAAACUUAAUGCUCAGAAACGCCCUCGCUUCAAGGGACGAUUUGUGAAGAGAAAUGAGGAGGAGUAAUUAGCAUUAUCAAUUAAUAGUUUAGUAUUAAGCAAAGGAGCUCUCAUUUAGUAGACUGUGUUCUACAUUAUACGCAUAGUAGAGUCCCUAAUUAAAUGUUUAAAAGGGAUAUGCAAAUAUGAGUUCACAAAUCAACACAAAUUAAGUCUACAAAAGCUCGUGGCAUGGCACAUUGCCUAUCAAAAUUCAAAAGCCAUGUUUGGGAUAAUAUUUCAGAUCAGACAAGUUUAAUCUUAAUUAAGAUGUACCUGGUGGCACAUAAUUUUUAUGAAUUAUUCUUUAGAAA